AGAUUAUUGGAUCGGAAAUUGAGACAAAACUUCCGGAAGCCAAGAACCGCUCUCCCUUUCUCGAGGAAAGUGAAUAGUUGUGGCCCAUAAUAUCUUCGAAACAUAUUGCACUAAUUAUGGAACCGUUUUGGGAAUGCAUACAUUACGAUCUAUAAUAGUUCAUCAUGACAUUCAGAAAUCGACCUUGAUGUUGGAGUUCUGCAACCUUUCAAGAACGAGUUCAAUCGUUGGACUUUCUACCAAAUGAUGAGCGCCAUCUACGUCGGGGUAUGAAGCUACCAAGUCAGUGAGCCAAUUCUGGAGAGAUAGGAACAUCUGUGAUGACUGGAAUACUUUAUCAGAGAACAACAAAUUUAUGAAAUUUCGAACCAAGAAGUGAACUUUAUUCGUCAAUUACGUCACUGUUCUACCUUUUUUUUACAAGAGUAGAGACAAGAAGCUAGUGCCGUAAAGAGAAAUAAAAACUUGACUCAAUUCUACGCAUACAUUACCAGAAAGACAACGAACAAAAUGGCUUCUGAAAGUGACAUCAUGAUGAAUUCGACCAAUAGCAGCAUGGAAGAAAUGCCUGAAGAUAACCAAAAGGUCUUCACCAUUGUUUUGUACGUUCUCGUCGGCUCUGUAGGCAUUCUGGGUAAUUCAAUGGUGUGCGUGGUAUUCAGUCUCGUAAGAUCACGGAGAAGUCAGGUGAAUCUAUUUAUUCUGCACCAGGCCGUUGUUGAUUUGUGUACAUCGUGUUUGCUCAUCAUGUUCGGCAUCACGCAGCUCUAUCGGGAUGAAAUCAUGAAGACAUCUUACGAGCCUCUGAAUGCAUCCUCACCAACCACCAACUCAUCAGAUCCCACGGGUGACGGAGCGAGCCAGGAAUACGUCAAGGUCGCCAACAUCCCCCUCCCCUUGGCGGAGUUUAUGUGCCGGCUCUGGUGGGGCCGAGUCUUCCUUUUCUCCAUGUUCGCCAUCUCGACGUUCAACCUGAUGUCGAUGGCCAUCGAACGCUACAUGGCCAUAAUGCACCCGUUCUUCUACGCGACGAAAUUCAAGCGACGUCACACCCUUAUUGUCAUCAUCAUGGCGUGGCUCUUCGCACCGGUACUGCAGUACUUCCCGCCGAUCUUCCAGUACGACGCGAUGGACGAUACGCACGAGUGCGGCAUCCAGGCGGACUUCUCUAAAACGGCCCAGGCUGCUAUAGGUAUCUGUCUCAUUAGUUGGGAGUUCAUCAUGCCAAGCAUCGUCAUGGGAAUUUCAUCUAUCAAGAUCUUCAGGGAGCUUCGGUACCGUGACAGCUACCUGGUGAAGGCCACCAACUACCUUGUGGAUAAAGGUAAACGUACUCAGCAGCAAUCCGAACCCGAGCAGGAGACAAUGCGAGCUAACAGGAACACCACCAUGGUCGUCAUCGUCAUCUUCGUGGUCUAUAUAAUCUGCUGGGCACCGAACCACUUCACCUUCCUCGGUUUCAACCUCGGAAUGGAGUUGGAUUUCACCGGAAAAUGGUACCACACAACCGUCUUGCUUGCCUUCGUCAAUUCAUGUAUAAACCCCUUCAUUUAUGCGAUUAGACUAAAGACAUUCCAAAGAGGAUUGGUCCACAUAUGCCGCCUUGGCUGCCACCCCAUCUCUUCGGCGCGCUUCGACUCACAAGAAACAGCAAGUCGGUACAGGGUCAAUGCGUCUGUCUUGUGAACCGGAAGGACAUUGGUUUUAGCUUGUAGAUAAUUUUCAAGGUGCUCCAUUCUUUUGACUGUAAUAUUUCCAUGUUCAUUUUGUGUCUGAAAUAUUUAUUCUCAAUGGACUUGUAAAGUUGUGAAAGAUAUUGAAUGUUUUUUUUUAAUGCUGACAAUGAUAUUUAUGGUGCAUGAAUACAAUUUAUUUCUCUAUGAAUGAAAGCACCUUCUUAUAAUGUACUUUUGUCUCUAAUAUGUCUGGAAAGGUGUAAUGUCUUUGAUCUUUCUGAAAUCACAUUUUGGAAUUGCAUAUACAUUUGCAUACCCAUAGAGCUACA